CAUUAAAUCCUCUAUAUAAACACCCAAUUCUUGUUCUACAUUUGAUCACUAACAGAUAGAGAGACACACACAACCACAAACCACCAUUUGAAGCUAUGGUGUCCUUAUACAAAGCGCUUUCCAUGAGUCCAAGAACUGAAGUUAAUGAAGAAUUUGAAGCUUCAUCGAAGAAAAGAAAGUUGGAAGAACCAUUUACUGAAGAAUUCUUCAAAGAUCAAAUAAAUUUAGAGAAAGGGAAAUCCACCUUUGAUAUAAAGCCUCGCCUCAAGACCAUGUUUCCUUCAGAUAAAUGGUGUCAAUACCUUAGUAUUCAGUCAGGGCAGAUACAGUUGUGUAACACAAGAUCACUGGAUCAAACGGCGACUGAAGACUCGAAACGAAGCCUCCGACCACCUCCUUCUGAUCAUAUGAGCUUAGACCUUGAGUUAAACCUGGCAUGUGAAUCACAAAGGAAAAACGAUAACAUAAGUGAAAAACAGAAUUCUGGUAAUUCACCUAAGAAUUUGACUCAACGUGAUGAUCUUUGUUUUGAAUCAAGCAAGUGUAAGAAAGAUUCAUCAGGUGGUUUAAAUGGUUCUCUGUCGUGGUUGACGACAUCCGAGGGAGAUUACAAAGAGAUGGUUGCAACAGUUUGCAUGCAGUGCCACAUGUUGGUAAUGCUAUGCAAAUCAUCACCUGCUUGUCCUAACUGCAAAUUCAUGCACUCACCAGAUCAGAACCCUUCAAAAUUCUUGAAGAGCAGGUGCAGCUUCUUCUGCUCUAGUUAGGAACGUGCAGAUACUACUCAUCUAGAAAUUCUAAGCUUUAUUAUAUACAGCAGCAUGGCAUGGACCAAUCCUAUGUUAUCUAUCUUGUUCUUUUCUCCUUAUUCCAUGUUAAAUAGACCAAGUUUCGUUAUAUAUGUCUAGCCUAGUAAAUAAUCAUAUCAUAAUAUUAUCCACAUAUUCGACUCGAUCA